UAUCUUCCUGUCGAUAAUCGUGCGUGAUUUGGAUGUAAAAAAAAAGACCAGAAAAAUGACUUCUACAUACACUUUUUGUUUAUUGGCGUUCUUCACUACUUUUAUGCACGGUAAUUCAGUGAUGAUGGCUUCAAUGGAACCUUUGGCCCUAUUAAAAUGCUUGUUCAACGCAACCGAAUCUGCAAUUGUAAACGAAGAAGAGUUUUAUUCAAUAUGGCAGGCAACACAAGCACGUCGUGAUGAAAUCAUGCAACCAGUCGAUUAUUGCAAUGAGCUUAAAUAUGUGGCAAAAAUCAGAGCAUGCCGUUCUGCCGUACUUAAAAAUGGCCGAAAACUCAUAAAUGAAAUGUUCACUCAUUAUGAAGGCGAAAAACGUGAUUUAUUCGAGUUUUUGGUUGAAACAUCAAUCGAUGAACAGUGUUCAUUUUACUCAGGUGGAGAUGUUGACUUUUUUGGCCAUCUAUAAUCGCAUGCAAGCAAAUACCAUCAUCAAUGGCAAACAAUAUAGCUGAUACCUCGAUGGGAAAUUAUGAGAUUUUUCGGAUUGGGAAAUGUAUUUUGGCACAAUUCCAAAUAAAACAAAUAAUAAUAAUAAUAAAAUGAUGUUCUCUCAAA